AUGAUUCGAAAAGAAAUUGGGGAUGCCAAAUUUUGCAUUCUCGUUGAUGAAGCUCGGGAUGAGUCAAAAAGGGAGCAAAUGGCUAUUAUUCUGAGGUUUGUUGAUAAAUAUGCAACUUUGAAAAAGAAUAUAUGUGCUGUUCUUUCUCAUUACAACCUUCAAAUUGAGAAUAUUCGAGGUCAAGGAUAUGAUGGAGCUUUAGUUGCAGCAUCUAGAGAAGCCAAGCAUAUUCAUCAGUUCUUUAUUCAGUUGGCUUCUAUUAUCAAUAUUGUUGGUGGUUCUUCAAAACGCCAUGAUGAAUUACAAGCUGCUCAAGUUGCUGAAAUUGAAAGUUUGAUUGUUUCUAAUAAAAUUGAGACUGGAAAGGAGGCAAACCAAAUUGGUACUUUGCAACGACCUGGAGAUACUCGAUGGUCAUCUCAUUAUCGAUCUAUUUGUAGCUUGGUAAAAAUGUUUGGUUCAGCUUGUUCAGUUCUCAACAAUAUCUCCAAGGAGAGAGCUAAUUAUUCUCAACGUAGUGAUGCUAAAACGGCUUACAUGGUAUUAACAUCGUUUGAAUUUAUUUUGAUAUUGCAUUUGAUGAAAGAUCUUAUGGGACUCACUAAUAUGUUGUGUCAAACUUCGCAACAAAAAUCUCUAGACAUUUUAAAUGCCAUGACUCAAGUUUCAACUACACAAUCACUCAUUCAAGAGAGGAGAGAAGAUGGGUGGGAGCCUUUGCUUGCUACUGUUAAAUCAUUUUGUGAAGAAAAUGAUAUUGAUAUUCUUGAUAGGAAUGCUCAUUACAACUUUCAAUUACAAGAAUUGAAAAGUAGAUUUGGUGAGCAAGUUGUAGAACUCCUCACUCUUAGCGUUGCUUUAAGCCCUAAAGAUGCAUACAAAUCAUUUGAGAUUGAUGAUAUAUGCAAAUUAGCUGAGAAGUUUUAUCCUAAAGAUUUCAACGUGCAAGAAAGAUUCUAUUUGAAGUUUCAAUUGGAGCAUUAUAAGCUUGAUGUGCCAAAGCAUUCAGAUUUUCAAAAUAUGCCUACAUUAUCUGAGUUAUGCAUAAGAUUGGCAAAUUCGGGAAAGUCAAAGAUCUAUCCUUUGAUUGACAGGUUGAUUUGUCUAGUGUUGACUCUCCUUGUUUCUACUGCGACUACAAAACGAGCUUUUUCUGCGAUGAAACUUAUAAAAACUAGAUUGCGUAGUAGAAUGAAAGAUGAAUUUCUUGCAGAUCAUAUGGUAGUUUAUAUUGAGAAAGAAAUUGCUAAGAAUUUCAUUUCAGAGAUGGUAAUGGAUGAAUUUUAUUCUAUCAGCGAUCGUCGUCGAGCAUAA